AUGGAGGCAGCUGAAGGCCCGUCUGCACCCAAAGAGUCUCCCGAGGUCCCUUUGACUGAAUCUAACGGUGACACGAAAGCAGCUGCGGACUCAUCAGAAGCCAAGAGGAGGAAAGGGCACUGGCCCAGCGCGUCCAGGAAGAUCCUCCGGGACUGGCUGUUUGAGCACCGCCUGCACGCCUACCCGUCGGAAAGGGAGAAGCGUUUGCUGUCGCAGCAGACGGGGCUGUCGUACCUGCAGAUCGUCAACUGGUUCAUCAAUGCCCGCAAGCGCAUUCUGCCACAGAUACUCGAAGAGACUGGAGACACCCUCAACGUCAUCCCCAUCUACCACCACAAGUGCAAGAACACAGACCCGGUAGCCCACAAGAAAACAGCUUCAUCUGCAGAGGCACCGCACACACCCCCUGGGAAUCUGGAGACCCAAGCCCAAGGCCCGGGGCUCGAAGCGCAGCCAGAGGGAAAUGUGGAGGAUUCUGCCAGCAGGCCCUUGCGAAUGUCUUCUCCCGACUUCAGUGGCUUCCACUUGCUGGUGGAGGCAGCUGUACAAAAAGCUGAAGAACUGGAGCUACAGAAGAAGCAAGAGUCUGCCGGCUGA